GGAGAAGAAACGAACACACAAUACAGAUCCAGAGCCGCCUCAGAGCUAGCUUUGGUAAGUGCGAGAGCUUGAAGGCCAUGGCGUGCCCUCAGAUGCGUUCUUUGGCUGUACUGAUCGUCCUCACCAUCCUCCUGCUUCUCCUAGCUUGCUGCGAAGGUAGCCAAUGUUUAUUUCGCUCACGCCGUCUGCUCUUGUUUCUGCUAGCGUCACCCUCUUCCUCACCGCAGCUGCAGCACCGGAAUCACACGCGCAAGAUGCUCAAAGCCAGCGCACCUUCCCCGGCGACGGGAGGAGGAGUCCACUCGUCGAGGCGGGUGGACGUGUACGGGUGCUCGGAGCCGGAGGAGCUGGUGACGGUGGCCCAGAACAGCGACGCCAGCCUCCACAGCGGCAUGCCGGCCUACACUGUGGAGAUCACCAACAACUGCAUCGACUGCACCGUGUGCGACGUCCACCUCUCCUGCGGGGACUUCGCAAACACGGAGCUCGUCGACCCGGCCACCUUCCGCCGCCUAGGCUUCGACGACUGCCUCGUCAAGGACGGCGGUCCCAUCUUACCCAGCGAGAUGAUCAUCUUCCAGUACGCCAACUCCUUCCUCUACGAGAUGAAAGUCGUAUCCGCCGCGUGCAACUGCGCCUAGCUGUAGUAGCUCCGGGAUAGAUCGAUCGGUGACGCCUGGAUGCAGCUAUCCAUUCUUAUUAGCAAUAAAGUUAAGUGGAGUUCAGCUGCUAGUCUGUUCUUAGCUCAUUAGCUGGGGUUUUUAGGGCGUACGUGUAAUUUUAGAUUUGAAGAUCUACCCCUUUGUAGUCUCAUGUCUAUCUACUUAUGGUGCCGAGGCACAGAGUUGAAUGAGUAAUG